GUGUCCUGGGACAGGAGUGACUUUCAAGGUCUGAGUGCAAUGGAGCCUCCGCAGGGCCCGAGGAAGCCUCUGUCAGGGAGGAGAGCCAGGUCUCUGGACAGGCCGCAGAACCCCCGGAAGGAUUCAGAGUCGUGGGACUGCAAGUGCAUUUCCCGGCCCACCAUCCCCUCUUGGAGGAUGCUUCACCGGACAGCCAGCGAUGGGGCCAGAUGCCCCAAGAGCCCAGCUCAGUCUGCGGAGGCUCAGGGCACCAGGGCUGUAGCCCUCAGCCCAGAGGAGACCAGGGAAUUUCUCCCCAGUGAGCAGAGGCCUCUGCAGGACGCCAAGAAGGACAAGGCCCAGUGGCGGGCCCAGCAGGGGUGGCUGAGGGCCAUAAUGAACUUCUUCUUCGGGACGGACCCCGAGGAGCCCAAGGAAAAGACCAACAAGAGGGCGAAGGGGAAGGAGGGCCUCCCUGAGCCUGCAGAGACCCCUGAGACACCAGGAGAGCCAGCUCCCAGGAAGAAGGCCCACAGCAAGAAGGCCAGCCGCAAGAAACACAGUCACAAGAAACACGGUGCUGAGGAAACCAGGGGGGCCCGAGAUCAGGAGGCCGAAGGCCAAGAGGACAAGAUAGCCGGGGCCUCAUGCUGCAAGGAGGCCCACCUGGGCCCAGCAGCGGGAGGAGGGGACGUUUCUGAACUCCACCAGCUCUUGCUCCUCGAAGGCGGGGGUGCUGGAGUCUGGAAGGUUUCUUCCCAAGCCGCAGGUCACCAGUGGGAAGAGGAGCUCAGAAAGCCUGGCAAGGAUACCAUCAUCCAGAAGAUAGUGGAAUUGCUCCAAAAAGUGGGAGACCAGUGGGAGGAAGAGCAGCAUCAAGCCUCUCAGCCAGGCGCAGCUCCUCAAAGCCCACCAGUGCUCCUCAGGAGGAAAUCCCAAGAGAGAAAGUCUAGCUUCAAGAGAACCUUUUCUCACAAAAAACAUGGUUCCGAGGAACCCAAGAGAGGAGGGGCUGCAGAUGUUUCCAGUCCGGAGUCCCGGCCGCCCAAGAGGCCCAGCUUUCUGCCCCUGUGUGUCGGUGGCCAUCGGCCCUCCAGCUCCAGCAGCCCUGGUGUGGAAGAACCUGAAUUCCAAGAGGUUCUGUCUACAGACGGUGGGGAUCCAAGUCCCUUCGAGCUUUCCAACCCAGCAGGAAGCCAGGGACCUGAAGAGGACCUGCAGCUGGACAGAGCCUCGGAAUUCAAAUUUAUCCAGAAGAUUAUUACCCUACUUCAAGAUGCAGAGGAGCAGGGGGGAGACAAGCAACUUCAAGUCCAGGAUCCCGAGGUGGUUGUAGAAACCCUGGCCCCAGCCUGCAGGAAGAAAUCCCAGGAGAAAAAGUCCAGCUUCAGAAAAGCCUUUUCUCAUAAGAAAAGUGGCUUCAAGGAGCCCAAGAGAGAGAGGGCUGCAGGUGCCACCAGCCCACAGUCCCGGCCACCCAAGAGGCCCAGCUUUCUGCCCCUGUGUGUCGGUGGCCACAGGCCCUCCAUCUCCAGCAACCCUGAUCUGGAGGAUCUUGAGUUCCAGGAGUCCUCACCUGCAGAAGGGGGAGCAGUUGGAUCCUCAGAAGCACCCUCCCAGGCCAGAAGCCACAAGCCAGAAGCGGGACCUCAGCUGGAUGGAGCAAUGGAGUCUAAAGAGCUGACCAUCCAGAAGCUGGUGGCCCUUCUCCAAGAAGUGGAUGGCCAGUUAGGGGAGCAGAUGAGGCGACACCCCAGCUUUAAGAAGUUUUUUUACAAGCUCUCAGACUCUUCCCUCAGAAAGCUGGUAGCCACUCUGCACAGCCAGGAGGCCCACUCCACCGAACCCAAGAGACCCUGCCCGUUUGUCUUUGGCUUGGCUAACAAAUGUGCUGGCAACAACUUCCACACCGUCCUCAGCCUUUCGGGCCUACACUACAGGCGACCCAGCUAUGGCCAGUUCCCGUACGGGGAGGCCCAGCAGAACAUCACAAGUCCUCAGAGCCAGAGUCCGGAUUGA